GGUACUGGUGGGCACUCACACGCGCGCGCGAAAGCUCACGGCAGCCAGUGCAUUUCACAGUCGUCGUCGACGCCGCCGCCGCCGCUGGCAAAAACAAACUUAAAUUUCGAACAAAAAAAUCCGUGCUGUACCAUCUCACAUUGUCGUCGUCGCCGUCGUCGUCGUUAUAGCAUUUAACAUAUUAUACCGCACAUAUCACGCCGGCCCUAUAUACGCCACCAGAAUAMCACAUAACCACGCAUUGGCGUCACCGAGAUUCUAUACCUGCGACCGAAGAGGAACUUUAAAUAUAUUAUAUUUAUUCGCCACGCAGCGCGAGUCCUAAGACACAACAGUCGAGUUACCAUCACUGCUGCACUUGCGGCGCGCAUAAACUAUAUAAUAUAAUAUAUAUUACAUAUUAUAUAGGCAGUCGUCGUCGUACGACUAGCACAUUCACGUACAGCAGCGACCGUAGUCGAGUCGUUGUCAUUCCGAUCGCUUUACGGACAAAAUGGCCGAUGGAACAGGCGCUGGACUUACCGCAGGAGAUGACACAGUGGUCGGAGGCCCAAAGACACCACAGCAAAUCGCGGCGCAAAAGCGAUUGCAACAAACACAAGCACAAGUCGAUGAGGUGGUGGAUAUUAUGAAGACGAACGUGAUGAAAGUACUGGACAGGGAUCAAAAACUCUCCGAACUAGAUGACAGAGCAGAUGCAUUGCAACAAGGGGCAUCGCAAUUUGAACAACAGGCUGGAAAACUAAAGAGGAAAUUUUGGCUACAAAAUUUAAAGAUGAUGAUCAUAAUGGGAGUUAUUGGUCUCGCAAUAUUAGCCAUUAUAGUUGCUUGGUUUUCGGACGAAUAAAUCAUAAGUAACAAACUUCGAUGCGGCCACCACAUACAGUGACAACCGAUACAACCGUCAAAGUCGUGACUCUUUAAAUGAUAAAGAAACUGAAGGUGCAUUAAAAUUAAAAUAAAAACUUAUAGGUAUAUAUAUAUAUAUACAUAUUAUACAUAUAUAAAUAUAUAUGCUAAAAAUACAUAAAUAUCGCUUUGAAAAACUGCCCCCUGCCCAAAAAAAAAAAAUACUAUCGUAAUGCUCGAAUAAAAUGAUUUUUGUUA